AUGGAUAACGACGUGGUAGCUCAGUUCACUGAAAUUACCAGUUCCACGCCGGAGCUGGCCAUCCAGUAUCUCCAGAUCACAGAGUUUCAAAUCGAACAAGCCAUGCAGCUGUACUUCGAGAAUGGAGGUGCCCCGCUGACCGCCGAGCCUUCCCAACCUGCUGCCCAUUCCGGCUUCUCGGGCUCAGGCCAGGAGGUGGUGAACAUCGACUCCGACUCAGAUGACGAAACCGCAUCCGCAAACCGAGCCCACCACCCCACCAUACCAGCUAGUGGAGGGACAUUUGAUGAUGACGAAGCGAUGGCUCGACGCCUCCAACAAGAGAUGUACGGAGGAGGACAGGAUAAUGAAGACGAAGUGAGGGCGCCGAUGGCACGCACGACAGAGACUUUAGUGGGGCCCGGUGCGGACUUUGGCAGUGGUGAAGACAUGCAUGCGGAUAUCCUUAGUCAACUACGAGCUCGCCAAAGAGGUGGUCGCGCCGGUAUCUUCAACCAGAGAGAAUCCUCCUCAAUAUGGACCGGCGGGGAAGACACUCGUCGCGAAGAACUUGCUGCCGCCACCGGAGGAGCUUCAGAAGUCUCAUCCAAGUCUAAUAUGCUCGCUGAAAUGUACCGACCUCCCUUCGAAAUUAUGUCACGUCUGUCCUGGGACGUGGCGCGAGACGAAGGAAAGGAAAAUGAAAAAUGGUUGAUCGUCAAUGUUCAAGACGCUUCAGUCUUUGACUGCCAGGUUUUGAACCGCGAUUUGUGGAAAGACAAAGGCGUUCAAGAGACCAUUAAAGAGCAUUUCAUUUUCCUUCAGUACUCGAAGGACGACCCUCGUGCAUCUUCCUACCUCCAGUACUACUUCCAAGGAAGCGAUGUCUCCGACAAUUACCCCCACAUUGCCAUCGUCGACCCUCGUACCGGGGAGCAGAUGAAGGUCUGGUCCGGGCCGCCUUUAGUGAAGCCCGCUGAUUUCUUGAUGCAACUUCACGAGUUCCUCGAUCGGUACAGCUUGAAUCACAAUGUGCGCAACCCUGUGGCGAAACGGAAGUCUGACAAGAAGGAUAAGAGUGUGGAUGCAAUGACCGAGGAGGAGAUGAUGGAGAUGGCAAUGAGAAAUAGUCUUGGGGCAGCUGCCUCUGGUCAAACGCUUGAAGACCCUGAUGAUCUCACCCGCAGCACGGAAGAUGUCAAGGGCAAGGCUCGGGCGACUGACGAUGUUAAUAUGGAUGAACUCGAGGAAGCUGCUGAAGCCUCUCAAUUCGCAGCGAUCCCUAGCGACCAGCCACAUGUUGAACCUGCGAAUGACCCAGCCACAACUACGCGCAUCCAGUUCCGUCACCCGUCCGGCAGAGUCAUCCGCCGCUUCGCAGUCUCAGACCCCGUCCAGCGCAUUUAUGAAUGGCUCAAGGCCGAGCCACCUUUAGUGGACAAGGCUGGUGUGGAGUUUGAGCUGAACACCAUGGGUCACAACCUCAUCGACCAACUCAGCACAAGCAUUGCUGAUGCGGGGCUGAAGAAUGGUACUGUUAACAUCGGAUAUUUGGAGGAAUAA